AUGACGACGACGAGGGGCGGCGAUCGUUCGGCAUUGGCGGGGCUGCGGCUCCGCCGCCUCAUCCCUUUGCUCAGGCGCCACCGCCUCUACCGCGCCGCCCACGUCCUGAAGCGGAAGACGUGCGUCUUCUUCGACGCGGCGCGGCUCCGGCGGAUGAUGCUCCGCGACCGCUGGGCCGCCGCCUCGGCCUACGCCCUCAGCUUCGUCGAUUACCGCGACUGCAGCCACGAGGCCGACGAGCUCAACUACCGCAUCCUUCUCCUCCGCGUGCUCGCCGCCUUGGCAGCUGGCCAGGCCCGCUCCGUCGAGUCCCUCUUCCGGCGCAUCUACGCUUGCAUCCAGUUCUUCCCAGAGUACGACCGCAUACGCGGGCUCCUACUCGCCAUGCGCUCCGACGACACCAAGUCCUCCAGGCUAUAUGGGCGCUUCAAGCCCAGGGCAGUGCAGGGCAUUAUGGACUUGGUUGCCAAGUGCCCAGAGCUCAACAAAGCCAGUACACGGUCACCCCGCUGCAUGUCUCUUGGUCAUACUGAAUCAUGGCGAAGUACCAGCCAUCACAAGAAUAAAGCUAGCAGUCUUCCGGCACAUAUCCUCGCCCUUUCCUUUCUAACAAAAAGGCCUCCUCAGAUCAGUCACAGGAUGAAUUCUUCAGAUGCUCCAAGUACUGCAGCUUUUGGGGUUAUGCUGUCUACUUCACCAGCACCAGCUAAAAUGUUUCCAGUUUCAUCCACUAAUGACACAGCUACCCAGGCAGCAAGCCAAAGAGAGGAAGCUGAAAUCACCAAGGCGCCAGCGGCUGCCUCGAAUCUUGUUGCUGGGCUUCGCGUCCCACGUCAGCGUCGACCCAACCCACAAUACAUUGGCCCAGAGUGGAUUGCGUGA